GCAGUAUGCUUGAGCCGACACCAUGGGCGACAUGGGACGAGUGGAAUGAAGUUCGGAAGGACUGUUCUCCCGUGAACAGAGCUCUGUCACUUCUGCUCUCUCUGUCGUCUCGGCUUGGAUGGCCCGUGGCCCGGUGCCUAUCUCGGUCGAGUCCACCGCUGGACUCCUCCGCGCCCUGCUCACCACUGCCGAGUGGCCACUGAGUGGCACCUCUACCGACUCUGCGCUUGGAAAUGAUUCCAUGACCAAUGCAAAGAACGAUGGCGAUGUCGAUGUGCAUAGCGAGCAAUUCGAUGAUCUUGAUCAACAGGCUCUUGACAUGAGUCGGCAGGAGGAGUCCGAGUCGGUCUCGGCCGCCGUCGCGUACGCAGGCAGUCAUGGCUGGGCUCAGCGCUUGGAACUCGCCAUGGCCAUCACUCGCUUUGUCAACGGCACUACCGAUCGCAUCAUGGGCGAGGCAGGUGCGUCCGUUUCUCGCGCUGCAAACUCGCUCGGCAUUCCCAUUGUCUGUGUCGAGGUCCGUCACGAGGCCACCCAUCGCCACAUGCCGGCGCUUCCGCAGCUCAUCCACGCUGCACGCUGCGGUCUCGCCUGGCUCGCUCAUCGCUACUGGAACACCCAAAAGGCGGCCAUCGGGACCGAGAGGACGCGACUGACCGCUAUGGUCACCCGUGCCGCCAAGAUUCGCGCCCAGCGCAUGCGUCUGAGCGACGGCGUCGUCCCGCCCGACGCCGUCCGCGGCCUCGACGAGCAGGAGCUUGACAUGAUCACCAAGAUCGCCAAAAAGGACACUGCCGGCCUCCUCGGUGAGAUUCUCUUUGAAAGCUUCCUCGUCAUCACCGCCGCCUUUGCCUCGGAGCCCAAGCCGGCCAAAGUCUUUUGGUGGGACGUGCUCUACGCGCUGGGCCUCCGCGCGCCCUCGCUCAUCCCGGACCUCUUCACCCGCUGCCUCAUGCACAUCUCCUCGACGCCGACCCAAAAUUGGUCCCAUUCGCGCGCUCUCCGCUGGGCCUCGCUCCUCAUCCGCUCCAACUUUGCCGCUAUCCUCCCGCUCACCCUCCUUCUCGAGCUCGCCGCCGCCCAGCCCACCCCCUCGUUCCGCAAGCUUGUCUCGCGUGUUGUCCAGCGCUCCUCCGCCCAGCUACCGCCUACUCUCGCCGCCCGCUUUGACGCCCUUGUCGAGAUCUUUGAACUCUCUGCCGGCGACCAACCCCCGGCGCCUGUCCUCUGCCCGCAGGCGCCAUCAUCGUCGGCCUGGUCUCGGGUCUCAGUUGAAAAGUGGCGCCCGCUGCCGCUCGGCGCCCUACCCAUGUCGCUCGCCAACCCCCCGCGCCGCGGCAAUGUCACCCGUAAGUAUCACGCCAGCGCCACCGGCCCGGCUACUCGCGGCUACGCCUCAAUCCUUCUUGCGCCCAACCCACGCCCGUCCAAGCGUCGCGCCCUUUUGCCCCGCCCCCGCUCGAUCGACCACCCUACCGCCCAGCCAGCCGACGCCGACACUGAGUCGGCGCCCCCGCCACCGGCAAAGCCGUCGGCGUCGGCUCUCCUCGGCCAGCUUCGGGUCAUUCAAUAACAUCGCGUGCAGACGUCCUCUCCCUCACGCCACCUCGACGUACUUGAGCAGCUUGAGCGAGAUCCACUUGUCGCCCCAGUAUCCCGACUUGGACGAGAUGACGCGGUUGGCCAG